GCUUUUGAUUAAAUUUUUCUUUUACAAAAAUAGAAUUUUACCAAUUCAAACGCGUUGACUCGUUUUUAAAUCCCAACAAACUAGAAUUUUGAGAGAGCCGCCUCUCUUCAUUUGCUUCAUCAUUCUUUGAUGAGUUUUCUUCGCAUUUCCAAAAAUCUGAAAUUAGCUAAAAUUACAUUCAGUAACAGACAAGAUCCGAGUCAGUAACCCUUUUAAGUCUUAUGUAACAUUCAGUUGCAUUAUCAUAAUAUUGAGUUCGUUUUUUUCUUCCGCUAACUAUCAAUUCGAUUUUAUAUUAUGACUUAUAUAACAACUCUGGCUAUAUGUCUCAGCUGUCUUGCGAUACCUUCAUAUAACACUCAAGAUGAUGUGUAUGAUGGGCUUGCAGAGUCCUUUCUUCCCGGAUUGUGGAAGCAGUACGACCCAGUUUCAAUAGUCGGGGACCUGACCGAAUUCCAGCAAAACCUUUUCGACCAAAGCUACUCCAGGGCUAUCUUUGACCAGCAGAAGUGUCCAAUCAAUGGACACUUCAUCGAGGAAAUGUUCGUGAACACAGAGAAUUUGCAGAUCAGCGACAUAUUGAUGAAAGUGAACUGUGGUGGGAAGGUCGGAUGGAUACACUUAUUGGGGGAACCCUAUUAUUUUGCUUCAUUUUUUGAAUCUAACCCUAUAGAGUGAAAAGAUAACUUAAGUUAAUAACGGAGUUUAAAAGACCCAUUUUUCAAGAUUGUGUGUAAUGCGUAUUGUGUAUAUUUGUAUGUUUUCAGAAAAAUGAUGUUGGUAGUUCAAAGUAGCUUCCAGUAUGUGCGAAACAAAUUCUCUAUGACAGGAAAAAAAAUUACUCCAAAUUUUUCAAAUGAAGUUUUCGUGUUUUGCUUAUACCAAGUCGAACUACAAAUACGGGACAUAGAA